AUGACUGAGAGCGACCUUCUUCAGAAACUGGCAGCAGCUGCAGCUAAAAAGCAGCCAGGUGUCAAACCCAUCAAGGGCAUUUCCAGGGUAAAAGUUAAAGACUUUCAACCCCCGGAGAUAACGCUAACAUUCUUACCAGGGACUGGGCUCUUCAUGGCUGUGUUAACUCGCAUAACCAUCACUGGGAAGAGCUUUAUAGGUGCAAAUAUGGAAAUCACAGUGGUUGCGAACAUGACCGCCAAGAACAAACUGUCGCAGGAUGACUUGGGUUGCCCCAAAUUCAGCGUUGGCGACUGCCAGAUUUCUCUCGUUAGUAUUAAAACCAACCUUCCCAGCAGCAUGCUGCCCAAACUUGUGAAUAAGUUCCUGGUUACCACCCUUCAAAAAGUCUUGCCAGACAUGCUGUGUCCAGCAGUGGAUGCUGUGCUUACCCUCGUGAACCAAAAGUUCACCACCCUGGUUUCCCCGAGCUCAGUCGGUGCCGCUGGAAGCAUCCGCUAUGCUUUGCUGAGCCCGCCGGUGACGAGAGAAGAUUUCAUAGAACUGGAUUUAAAUACCACGGUCCUGCACGAGGGCGGAGAUCUCAUUGACCUUCCCACCGACCCCCAAGCUCUUAUCUCCCUGCCGCCGAAAAUGGACUCCGCUACCCAGCUGGCCCUGUCAGUGAAUUUCCUGAGUGCCGAGCUAACUCUCCUACAAACAUCCCUCAACCUUGACGUCACGGAGACCACACUCUCGGAGUCGUUGCCUCCGUCUCAGCCGAUGGUUAUUGAAAUCCGAAUAACUCAACGGCCCGUGCUCACCAUGCAGCAGGACAAAGGCCUCGUGCAUCUCUUCGGCACCGCGGAGUUCCUCACGUCGCAGCCCGACGCUGCUCGGGAGUCCCUCUUCGUCCUCAACAUUCAUAUCAAUUUGGGGACCCAAUUCUCUCUUCAAGAAGAGAAGCUGCGGAUCUCCUUGGCUCUGGACAGGUCAGACGUUCGCUAG